AUGGAGUUGUCCCAGGGUCAUGACCCCGUCCUUCUGGGCCACAAUGAUUAUCAACGGAUCAUACAAAUGGCCAAGCUCAGCUCACCCGAACUUGCUUCAAAGCUCGACAAAAACCAUCUCGUUGAACGCUCCGUGGAAGUUCAGAAGCAGGCGCUGAUUUCGUCGCUCGUACUGAAAACCCAAUCCUCCACCCCUUUUCAAACCGCCCUGAGCGUAAUGAAGAGAUAUCAGCCUCCUGGAGGGCCAUCGGUCUUCUCGCAUGCAGCCGCAUCUUUGAAGACACUCUUGGGUAAUCUCAUCUCCUACAGCAUUGAGAAGGGGGUCCUUGAGGCGCUCUGGAGAGACUCAUAUCGCGUCUCUCUCGAGCCCCGAAACGACGCUGCACCAGUCAUGACGAACAUCUAUCCCGACUUCACGGUCGGCUCCACACGACGGAAGCUCCUCGAAACAAACCUCCAUGUCCUCCAAUAUCGAACAAUUGGAAUCAUCCGCCUUGUCAUCCAGAUGGGCCUCAAGCAGCAAACUCCCAUUCCUUUCGUUGCAUCGCUGGUCGAGGAGCUUCUAUGCUAUCUUGAAUUCAGAAAGAACGAACUACAGAAGUUGAUGCACUGUGAGGAACAGGCUACUGUCAAGCCUGGAGGCGACUUCGAUCUGAGUAUCCCUAAGGAUCUGAGGAUUUCCUCCGAGACAGUGGAGUAUUUUACCACUCGCAAGUUUUGCUUCGAGGAGGCAUAUUUCGAUUCACCACUCAUCAAGAUUCCCGGUACACUUUGGACGAAGUGGUUCUGUGAUCUGGACCAGGAUUUCUUUCGCACCAAGGAAGCUCAAGUUGUUUCCCUCACCUUGCCGGAGUCAGGGUACUUCCUAGCUUCACCUGGAAUGUACAUUUCUCGCCGUAAUGGCCUACGAGCGAGAGGACUUAAUAUCCCAUACGAAGAUCAUCAGGCACAGUACCGAAGACUCUCACAGGCUUCAGGCGAGCAGUUCCCACCAGUAACUCGAACAGAGAGAAUCGUCGUGAUGACGAAUGUUCAAGACACCAUAGGCGAUCCAUUCCGAAACCGUCCGACUCAGGGUCGAUACAAACUCUCUUACUGGAAUGAAGUUUGCUGCGCGGUCGAGAAUGAGCCGCGUCAGAACCUGGCUCAGUCACAGGAAUCUACGGUCUCAAGAUUCAGGACAUAUGGCUGGUAA